GGAUAGCCAUUGUACCACCUGGUAACACUGUUUUUACGCGACUGACGAGGAAGGAAAGCAAUUUUCCAGAAGUAAAAAGGCCCAUAACAUAGUGCAAAAUAGAUAUUAAAUUUAAGUACAACGUGUAAAUAGAUGCAGUACGGAUCGCCUCAAAUUCCCAAGCAGCGAUAAAUAUUAAUUCGAGAUUAAAAAGUGGAAAGUACGUGAAAAGAGCAAGAAAAGAAAACGCAAAAAAGUGAGAUUGUGUGCGUGCGAAGAAUUUUCCGUCUCGCUCGCACCAAAGUGAAGCGCACUCAAUUAUUUGUGGAUGGAGUGGAACGACAACAACAACGACACAGCAACAAAAACAACAGAAAAUGCAAUAGCUAACACAACAACAACCAUUACAAAUGCAGAAAAUGUUAAGAAAACCACAGAGAGAACGAAAAACAAGAGAACAAUAGCGAAAGCGUUAGAAUGUAAAGCAUUCGAUGAAUUAAAUACAGUACAAGUAAAGCAAUUGCAUUGGAAAUUAAAAUUCGUGCGACAAAAGCGGUCGAUUGCAAAAAUUUUCGAAACUUGGCAGCCAUAUUUACUACAAAAACAACGCCGUUGUAAAUAUACGUGACAAAACGCUUACAUACACACUCACACAUAGUCGUACACCCACACACUCUUGCACUCACACAUACCCUCGUACUAAAAGAGAGCAAGAGAGACGCGAACGUGAAUUAACAAACAAACAAAAAUAUUUUGCAAAAAAGACAAACACAAAAAUCCAAUAAAGUGUAUUACAUAAACAAACAGAGCGCCCCAAUAUCGAAAUAUUAUGGAAAUUGCACCUCUGAUCAAUAACGCCGUCGCUGUCGUCACAGCCUCUGCCGCAGUCGCUGCUUCCGCCAACGCCUCUGCCUCUGCCAGCGUCACGCGCAGCAGCAGCAGCAGCAAGGAAAAUGAUAACGUCAACAAUCUGGCGCUGCUCGCUUCGCUGACGUUACAAAAAGUGCUAAAUAUUAACAACAACAAUAGUCAGCACAGCAACAACAACCAUAACCACAGCAGCGAUAUCAAAAAACACGAGCAACAAAAGCAACAGCAACCACAACGACGAAACCUCGAUAUUAAAAGCGAGAAUGAUGUAUUGAACCAAUUGCUUAAAAAUGGAGCUGUUUUCACCAAAACCGUCACGCCCACAGCGCCCAUUGCCAUCGAGACAAAGAAGAAGCAGACGCCGCAUCAACAGCAGCAGCAGCAGCAACAUCAAAAUGCACAACAGCAACAACAGCAGCAAUGCAGCGCACAGAAACAACGCCUCAACUCAUCCAUAUCAUCGACCCACUCAUCGAUAUCAACGAACUCCUCGUACGGCAGCUCCUCCUCGGAGGAUGCAACAUUGGCAGCAUCUGCCGCAUUAUCGAAAUUAACACCAAGAACAAACACCACGAAGGCGUCCAACAUUAAAUUGCCAGAGAAAUCGAAAAUUCCGUCCGAUAUACUUGAUGAUCUGGCCAGUCGGUUCAUAAUCAAUGUACCGGACAUGGAGCUAAACAAUCUAAUACGAAUGUGUUUCCAAAUCGAGCUGGCCCAUUGGUUCUAUUUGGAUUUCUUUUGUGCCCCUGAAGCUGGUGUGGAUGCUGAGACCCCGAAGUGUGUGCAGAGAAAGCUGCCGACGGUGGGCAUCAAGCAAUUUGCCAUGCAGUUGUUCCAACACAUUCCCUUUUUGAACAAAUAUUUUGGCACCGUGGAUCAAAUCCUGGAAGAGUGGAAGAACUAUAAGCUGUCGGUGCCGACAUAUGGAGCUAUUUUGGUGUCCGAGGAUCACAAUCAUUGCUUGCUAGUGCAAUCCUACUUCGCUCGCAACUCCUGGGGCUUCCCCAAGGGCAAGAUAAACGAGAACGAGGACCCAGCUCAUUGUGCCACUCGAGAGGUUUAUGAGGAGACCGGGUUCGACAUCACGGACACCAUCGAUGCCAACGACUACAUCGAAGCCUUCAUCAACUACCAGUACACGCGGCUGUACGUGGUGCGCAACAUACCGCUGGACACGCAGUUCGCGCCCCGCACCCGCAACGAGAUCAAGUGCUGCGAGUGGUUCCGCAUAGAUGCGCUGCCGGUGAACAAGAACGAUGCCAUAUCGAAGGCCAAGUUGGGCAAGAACUCCAACUCCUUCUUCAUGAUCAUGCCGUUUGUGAAGCGCCUGAAGAAGUGGGUGGGCGAACGGAAGGCCGGUAUCGAGCCGCGUCGUCGCAAGUGCUCCGGCCAGCAAUCUCCCCCGAAAGCGGGUUCUCCCACAAACAUCAAUGGGAGUUGCAAGAAGGACGCCGCCAAACUGCGAAAUGAUUCGCGGCGUCAGCGACACAAGUCCAUGGGGGAUUUGGAUGGUGUCAAGUUGAAUAAUCUCAAUGGCAAGGUGGUGAUCGCUCAGCCGGGAGCGGGAGGAUCAGCAGCAGCAGCCCCCGCCUCAGCCACCGCUGCCAUCAAUCCGAUGAACAUCUGCAAUAGCAAUGGGAAGCGCAAUAAACAAAACGCGGCUGCGGGCAGCAAUCAAACAACGCCACUAACAACAGCAACGGCAGCCAUGCCGAAUGGAUCAGGCGGCGGCAGCACAAUAUCCUCGAAGCGUCAACUGUUCCAUAGCCAAAGUCAGAACGAUGCACAGCAGUCGGCAAGCAAUGAGAAGCAGAUUGUCAGCUCCUUUGAUUUAAUACGCAAGGAGAAGCAGCAACAACUUAAGGCAGCUAAGGCGCAGAAGCAACAGCAGCAGCAACAACAACAACAGAGGUUGCGCACCAUGUCCCAAAGUGAGAAGCCAUGCAAUCCCCAGCAGCCAAUUAAGAUUCUGGGACAACAGCAGUCCACAACUAGCGUUGAUAUAAUAGCCAUGCUAUCGGCAGCGGCUGCAGCUCAAAAGACACCAAAGAACGAGCAGCAACAGCAACCACAGCAGCAACAGCAGCAGCAAAGACCACGACCAGCUUCGGUUUCGCUGAACUUUGGAGCCGGCAGUGCCGCAGGAGCCACACCAACGGCCCCGGAUGCCCAGGACAUGCACAAGCUGCAGCGCAUGGCUUCGGGCACAAACUUGAGGAUUCUGAAGCGAGCGCAGUCGCAGCAACCGCCGCAGCAGCAACAGUUGCAGCAACAGCAGUUGCAACAUCAACAGCAGCAGCUGGGCACUGACUUUACGCCCAAUUUCAAUUCGUGGACGAAUUUCUCCUUCACCAAGAACUUCAUAGCAAAUGUGUUUUGCUAAACUUUUCAUUUCUUUCGAGUCAAAAAUCUUUCAAUCCUUUUCAAAUUCUCAAUCGUUGCAUUUCCCAGCAAAAGAUCAAGUUACCGGGAACACCGAAUAGUUUAGCAGGCUCUGUGGAGUUGAAGAACUCGCGCUUUGGGGGACAGAAACUUUGGAGACUUGCCACAAAAUGAAAGCAUGCCAAUUGCAUUUAACAAGUUCAUUUGUUAUAAAACUAACUCUACAACUACCAACACUAUAGACAACUAAUCAUGUCUAGUCCUAGGCUUUGGAGACUAUGUAUAAAAGUAAAGUUUCCCGAUCUCUUAACUGGAGAUUCAACUUUCCACACUUAUUCUACAUUAGGGAACUGCGAGCACACUCAAACUCAAAUUCAAAAAUUGAAUGCGAUCAAUUGUAUAGGACAUUUUUAAUACGAAAAAACAACACGUUUUCAUACCAAAAAAGAAAAGAAACAAAAACGAGAGUCUUCCGCUCAGCACAUGUAAAGUAAUAUUUUGUAAAAACACAACAAUCGCUACUCGGCCUUAAGAUCCGAGUGCAAACGAACAGAUUGAGUAUAAUUAUGUUAGAAUCCUUCUUGUAUAAGCUAAAAUCGUUUGUUGUGAGCCAAGUGAACCAAGCCUACUUCGAGCCGAGUGCUCGCCGUUUGAAUGUAUUUUUAGAGAAAACCAACAAACUAAAUCUAACUUAACUAAAGCGUAGCUUUAAACCGCCCCAAAGUACGGAUCGUUUUGCUUUAACUUCAGAGUCCACCGUUGACUUUUUACAAGGGCAACAAAACGCUUCUGCGGGGCGAGAAUGAGAUGAUAAGCAAAUAAAGUUUCUGGGCCGUAUUACUUACUGCCCGCCCCACCUACGAACGAUGGACGAGAGAGCGAGAGAGAGAGAGAUGUGUAAGAAAGAAUACAAAUAAUAACAAUGUAAAUAAUUAAAUUGUGAUAUAGUAUUUCUUAGCACAAUUGUGAUCUUAACAAACGGCUGGCAACUACAAAAACUUUUAUAAGCAAACCACAAACAAUACCAUUUUAAUCAAUCAAAAAGGGCCCCGCACAAACCGUUCAAAAUUGAUACCCAUUUUCCCCACAAUCAGGGGCAAUAUCAGGCAUAUCUUAGCAGAAAACGUUUCGUCAAUGCAUUCUUGACCACUUGGGGAAUGCAAAGCUAAAUAUGAGAAAGCAAAACAUUUAACGAAUUUAAAUUAGUUUAAAAUUGAAUGCUUAAAACGUCUUCAAUCAUGGUAAAUUUGUAUGAUAUACACGAAGUAAGUUGAAAGUAUUUGAGCGAUUUGUAAUUUUAUGAAAACCAGCAAAGGAGUAUAUUUUUGUGAGCCACUAGUGCGUAAGAAUGAGGAAGAAAAGCCUUUUAAGAAAUGUUAAGUCUUUUGAUAACUAAGCUUUUCUACCGAGCCAAGUUUCCUAUAAUUCGUAAGCAUGUCGCAACAUGUUAACUAACUUCUCCAUCAAUCAUCGUAGUCUCCAACGUGUGAAACAGUUGCCUAUUAGCGUAUAUCUUUAGACUAAGCAAUGAUCAGCAGCGUCUCCAAAGUUGUAAUCUCAGAGUUUUAGCACCAAAAUCAAAAGAAGUUCCCUGUAACUCGGUCUUUUAUGUACAAUUCAAUGCUAGUUAUUUAAGCAAAAUCGGAAAGAAGUUUGCAUUUGCUUUCAAUCUUUUACCACUGACUUUUAAAGCUUUUUGAAAAGCCAUAUUAAUUUUUAUUUUACAUGUUCACAAUUAAGCAGCAAAAUUUGUUUUUAACUUUUCUCAUUUUAAUUUGGAUUCUGUUCAUUUUACUAAAAAAAAAAAGUAUAUUUAAAACUUAUAUUUUUGGAAAUUUUUCAAAAAAAGGUUUCCAUUCGUCGUAGACAAAUGCCCAACGAAAUUGGCAAAUUAUUUUGAUUCACAAAUUUUAAUGAAUUGUUUUCCUCUAUUGUACAAAAAAGCUUUAUUUCCUUGGACAUUUGUCUUGGCAAAACAAAAAACUUAUCCAGCAAGCAAUAAAUAUCAAAUUACCAGAGCUCCCAAUAAUCGGUAUCUCGUUCUUGUUGUCAGAAAAAAGAAACCACUUGCUUCCUGACACAAAAAAACUUUUGCUUCGAGUCCGUUUCUUUAAUUUGUUUUCUUGAGUAAACAGACCUCUUAAAAAAUAUUAAUUUCAUUACACGUAUUUUAAGAGCUCUGCAAAUAUAAAACAAGAACAAUAUUGUUUACACAGCUUAAAAAAUUACCAGAAACCUCAGAAUUCAAAUUUUGUUGUAAAAAUAGAAUCAAAAUACAAAGCAAAGUGAAAUAUUUCAAUUAAGGAACUCAACGCAGUCCAAUCCGACACCUUUUAAUUGCAAUCGUCUUAAACUCCUCAAACCCGAAAACAAUAUUUUAUUUUUUACUUAAACUUUUUGUGCAAAAAACAUAGACAUAGCGUUAAUUAACUUUAGUAAAGGGCUCCCGGAUCAACAACAGACAACAUUAAAUUUAAGAGAACGUUGGACGAGUGAGGACUUGAUAAAUUGAAAUCUUGCCAACACCAGAAGUCUGCACCGCCCGACGAUCCGAAUACUCGCUCCAAGCUAAAUUUGCUAUGCAUUUUAACCCCCGUAUCCGAUAAAAAACAAAAGCGAAAAACAAAUCUGUAAACACGUCCAAAACAAAAAAUGGAGGAAUUGGGUACACCAGAAUAGAUUUCUUGAAAAAAAUAUAACCGAAAAAAUAAUUUGAGAGAAGAAAUUUAACUUUCAAAAUUUUUAGAUUGAGCAAUUCUGUUCUUGUGUAAACACCUCCUUGAAAAUCAUACGAUAUCAAAAUACAAUUCGUAGAAUAUAAUGCCAAAACUACAAAAAAACGAAAAACAAAGUUAACUCUCCAAUCCAGAACAAUUGUAACGUAAAAAGAUUAUCAAAUAACUAAUUUGUGGCAAUAUAUAUUUCCCAUAUUUUUCCCCCAAAAUUCCGGCAAUAAAUUGAUGUACCAAGUUUUAA